GUGAGGACCAUUUUUUUAUGUUGCAAGAAGGGCGACUUUCCUAUGAUCGAUGUUGUGGUCGAAGUCGAGGUCCUGCUUCAUCUGAGGAAGAAAAACCGUCCGACUUAGCCAAGGCACGAGCGCUCGAAUUACCGCUAGGCGACGCUUACUGGGGUUACGACUACUACCUGUCAUCACAAAAAGUCGAAUCACCAGAAUCUUGUAGUGCUCUAUGCGUAGAGUCAGGCUCGUUAUGUGGUGGGUUCACAUAUCUGAGGGGUCACGCAGAUGAAGAAGAAACUACUGCUCAGGUUCAUCUGGAGCCUCAAAGUAUAAUGAGU